CUCUAUACUACUCGAAAUUGAGAAAAUUUGCCCACUAUAUAUUAGCCUUUAGUUUUGUUCUUAUUCCAUCGCUAGGAAAAAGUCUGGUGUUUGCCUUCAGCCAGUAACGAACCUUUAGUCUGAGGGAUAUUGCAGUCAAGAGUUGAGGGCAGAUGUAUACUUUUUUGCUCGAAAAAACUUGAAUACGUGGAGUUCAUUCAUUUCACUGCAGGGCUCUAACUCUUGAUAUAACAAAGAAAAGGAGUAAGAGAAAUAUACUUACAAGUAUAUGACAGUAACAGUAAGCCAUCAACAUCUUGGAUCCUCUUCUUCUCAUUUCUCAAAAUGCAAGUAGAUCCCAACAAGCAUCCCUCAUUCUGUAACCUUUUAUUUAAAGAAGGUUUUAUGGAUAAAAUUCUAAUGCCACCUGCAUUCAUCAAAGAACACAAGAAAAUGUUAGCCAAGACAUGUUUACUAAAAACAAAUGCAGCUGAAGGAAUGUUGUGGGAAGCAAAUAUAGUGAAGGAAAAGUCCUAUUUCUUCUUAUGUGGAAAAGAGUGGCCACAAUUUGUGAUGCAUCAUAAACUGGUGUUAGGGGACAUAUUGCUCUUUUUUCUCAUUGAUAAGUCAAUGUUCCAAGUCCAUGUCUACACCCAAAAAAGUCAUAUAAAUGAUUGUAGGGGGCAAAUAUUAGAGGAACUCAGCAGUUCUUCAGAAGAGCAACAAGACAAUGGAAUUGGACCUUCAAGAAGAUCUAAAAGAAUUAAAACAGAGCCAAAAGAAUUCCCAGGUGUUGUAAAGAACGAGGAAGCCGAGAGUGAAAGUGAAGAAAAUGGUCCAAAGAAGAUCAGAUUCAAUGUGGUGAAUUUGAGCAAUAAAGAUCCAUACUACAAAGUCGUUAUAAAAAAAUCACACUCAACUUAUAUGGCUAUACCAAUUAGCUUCGCGAGAUGGACUAGUAUAUUUAACAUGAAGAGAAUGACACUGGUUAAUGAAAAGGGGAAGGAGUGGCGGGUGGAUAUAGUACAUGAUCAUGGCGGUGGUGUUCGCAUAAGAAGAGGAUGGGCUGCAUUUCGAAAAGAUAACAAUAUAUCCUAUGGUGAAACUUACAUCUUCAAGUUGAUUCGGGGAAAUGAUGGUAGAAAAGUGUUACUAGUUCAAAAAAUUCCCAAACCCCAUUCAUUGCGAUAGCUUUGUUACUGGUCUGAGUAACACAGAAUGCUGCACAAGGUCUGCCUAAAGGUGAAGCGCUCUUUUUGCAAUAUGUACAUGUAUUAUACUUGGUUUCUUUUGGUCUCGUUUUGGUGUAUGUAAAAAGAACAUCGCAAUCUUUUGGCUAUUUGUGGAGUAACUGCUAGCCCGGGGCAAUGUUGGUCGAAUUGUUGUAUGAUAUGAUCAUCUUUGGACCUUUGGUAUCUUGCGUGUCAAUUAUGUUGAAUAUCACGUUUUGAUU